CCCGGGCCGCCCAUCAUCAUACAGCCUCAAGAUGACCUGAAACUCAAGAUCGUAUUUACUCCCGCAUCGAUUUGCUAUCGAGGCAAGCCACAGAGUUAGUCUGCGGCCGUGUACAAGAGGUCGAGCUUGCAGCCACAUCGAGCGAAUUCAGCAGCCGCUCAGGUACUGAUCUCUCUUGGCGGCGAGUCCGAGUCUGCAUUCACGUUAGAGAUAUCACUGACUGAUAUACCGAUGGCUGAACACGCCACAUCGGAGCCAUUGAAAGACAAACCUCCCGCGUACGACACACUCUCGGAUCGAGGCUCUCUCGACGAGGAGAAGUGCACACCACAUAAGACUAUUCCUGCUUCGCUACGAAAAUUUGUGUAUCCUCCAUCGAACAGGCGCACGAGCAUAUUCAGCUUCUUUCCGCGCCGUUCCUCCUUGCAAAAUGCGGAGCUGAAGAUGGCCGUGAUAGAUAUCCUGAAGGAUUUAGCCAAACGGCGUGAAAUCGACGAUAAUGCUUGGAGCGUGCUUGAUCAUUGCGCGGAUGCCUGCAGAAUGAACGCUGGCUCAUUUCGCUCGAUCCUGCAAGAACGCAUUCUGGGAGAUCACACAUUUAUCUAUUGGGCCGUCCUUAAACAAUCGCGCACUGAAGAAGUCCAAGGGUCGUCCAACAGCGAGAAGAGUGCGGAGUGUGACCUUGUUGUGAGGCUCCUCGAGCUAGCAGCCCCGCUCACAGAUCAAAUACGUGCCGAGUUCGGCCUCGCGUGCUUGCAGACGGCGGACCAGGUGCAUUUUGAAUAUGUGCGCGGCUCGCCUGUGCUCUCCCCGCUCUCGGGUACGGAAGAGAUCCUCUUGGGGAGUGCUGCUCCACCCGAUCAGCUCGACGUGGAGGACGACCUAGCGGACGAACACAGGUUCGUGGUGUGCUUCCGCGUGCCGAUGUUCGCGAAGCGGAUGUGGGUAGUACGGAGGAUAGAGCUACAGUUCAUUGCGCGGGGUCGCUUGUGGGCACUGAUCUUCUGGAACCCGACGGAGGCCGAGUGCAAGUCGCCGUCGUCGCGUUGGACGUUCAUCCCGGACCAGUGGCAAGCCACUGUGCUGCUCGUCCACCCUAGCCCGCCGACCGCACUGGACUCGCGUCUGACAGUAUUACCAGCGGCGAACUCUGUGCCAGCGAGUUCGGGGACUCCGAGGGAGAACACUUGCCACACGACUACUGGAGAAAGGGCGAAGAAGCCGCUAUGUUGGCCGCUUCAGACGAAGCAUAUGGCGCCGUCGGGCGUGUUUUCUGCGCCGGUGCUGGCUUGUUUCAGCCAUCUACAGAUGAACAAAAGCUCGUACUUCGCCCCCGAUGGCACUCUGAAUGGCAGAUGGCAGGCUGUACUGGCUCCCCCUGGUACCAGAUGUCUGUGUGGGAGUGCGCAUGCGACUUGAGGGGUCCCUUGUUUCGUCAGUUCGGUUAUUUGCUAUCUCACUUUGAAUAUUUGCUGUCGAGCACUUAUAGUCUAGCUGA